AUGACUGAGUGGACCAAGAAAACUGCCACCCUCAACACCGGUGCCAAAAUCCCCCUCGUCGGCCUCGGCACCUGGCAGUCCGGCCCCAACGAAGUCAAGCACGCCGUCGAGGCCGCCCUCCGCGCCGGCUACCGCCACAUCGACACCGCACUCGCCUACGGCAACGAGUCUGAAGUCGGCGAGGGCAUCAAGGCCUCCGGCGUCCCGCGCGAGGAGAUCUGGAUCACCACGAAGCUCGACAACCCAUGGCACAAGCGCGUCGAGGAGGGCAUCGAGUCGUCGCUCAAGUCCCUCGGCGUUGACUAUGUCGACCUGUACCUCAUGCACUGGCCGUCCUCUACGGACCCCACGGACCUCAAGAAGCACUACCCCGACUGGGACUUUGUCAAGACCUGGGCCGAAAUGCAAAAGAUCCCCGCCACCGGCCGCGCCAAAAACAUUGGCGUGUCAAACUUCGGCAUCAAGAACCUGGAGAUCCUGCUCAACGCCCCCACCACCACCAUCGUCCCCGCCGUCAACCAGAUCGAGCUGCACCCCAACAACCCCUCGCCCAAGCUCGUCGCCUACAACACCAGCAAGGGCAUCCACAGCACCGGCUACUCCUGCCUCGGCUCCACGGGCUCCCCACUACACAAGGACCCCGUCCUGCAGGAGAUUGUCCAGAAGACCGGCCGCACGUCGUCGCAGGUGCUGCUCAACUGGGGGCUGCAGAACGGGUGGUCUGUUAUCCCAAAGUCGGUCACGCCGGCGAGGAUUGUUGCAAACUUUGACCUGGAUGGCUUUGAUCUGGAGAAGGGGGAUGUGGAGAGGCUGAGUGGUCUGAAGGAUAGGUUUAAGGUGUGUGGCGACUCGUGGUUGCCGGUUAAGGUGUUUUUCGGCGAUGAUGAGUAG